CUUCCUGAUUAUCCCGAGAGAAGGGGAAAAACAAGAUGUCACGAAGAGAGGGCAGGGAUUCCGACACGAAACGCCAAAGCUCCAGAGUCGAUCGUGAACCCAGCCCUAAGAGGUCUAGGAGGGAUGGAAAACCCGAAGCGGAACGAGUCCUGAGUAAGAACGAUUUGGAUGUGACAGAUGUUACUGAUGCAGAGAAGAAACCGCAUAGGCACCUUCGAGAUGCCGCACCUCUCGAAUCUGACGCUCAUGCUUUGAGCAAAGAUGCCGAGAAAAAACACAAUGGGCAUCAAGAAAUGACCAAACGCUCUCCCAAUCGGUCAGAAGCGCCUCGAGCUCGACCACAUUAUCAGCAUGAUGAACGUGGUGGUUCUGGAAAAGGCGACAGGAGAGCACCUGCAGAGAGAGGAUGGUGGAGAAGCGGCAGAGAUCAGAUGCAACGAAGGCCUUUAGAUGAGGAGCGAUCACGACAACGUAGAGAUAGAGAGGAGAGCAUGUGGAGACACGACAAGUUCCAAGAGAAGGAAGAAGAUAACCAAUCCCAACCCGCGAGAAAACGACCUGCGUUCAGAGAGAAGAAGACCCGAGAGGAAUCCGGAAAUACAAAUAGAACGGAAGAAAUUGAACAUGGAAAAGAAAAUCAGCAUGAUCGGGGCGAUAUACGGACUGAAAGGAGGAACGAGAGGCGACCAUGGAGACCGCCCAUGGGAGGGGGAAGAGACAGGACAUGGAACAGGCCGAGCUAUGCGGGAAACAACAGAGAAAGAUUCAACGAUGGGAGAGGAGGAGGAGGGUUUCGGGGAAACGGGCAGUGGAGAGAAGAGAAGAAGUGGGAGCAUGAUCUUUUCGACGAGGCUAACAAGAGUCCUCCUAAGCGGAACGAGGAAGAACAGAUCGCAAAGCUCGAAGCUUUGUUGUCUUCUUGAAGAUGCAUUGCAGGUAAGUUUUAUACAUAUAUCAUCUUGAUGGAUUAAAGAUUAUUAUUUUCUUCCCUGUAUCAUUUUGAAGUUUGAUAUUUCUGGAAUUUGGGUGGCUUCACGGUGGGGUUUUCAUGUGGUUUCUUAUGAUCCUGUUUUUAUC